AUGGAACUCGACUAUAUUGAGGUCGUGUCAGCUCGAAUGAAACUGGUCGUCUCUGACUCAUCUGUCCCAGGAGCGAUACCAUCAUCAAAGUUGCCUCAACGACCAAUAUUCACUAUUGCUGUUAGUGCAGUCGAUGUUUUAUUACUCAUCAUUACAUAUAUUGUUAAUCGUGGUUUUAAAUUAUCGUCUUCAACGUUAAUAAAAAUGGGUGGAAAAUAUGUACCGUGUAUGAAACCACCGCGAUCAAGACUUUUUGAUCAAUCGUUAAAAUUGCAGUGUCACUCAUUUCUAUAUCCAUAUCAAUUUUAUCGAUUUUUUAUGCCAAUAUUUUUACACGGUGGUUGGGGACAUUUAAUGAACAAUUUAAUCUUUCAACUAUUAACGGGUAUUAUAUUAGAACGAAAAUAUGGUACAAAAGCGUUUGCUAUUGGCUAUAUUCUUUUCGGUUUGAGCGGAAAUAUCUUGAGUGCGUUAUUUCUACCGAAAAGUGUAUCCGUCGGUGCAUCGGGUGCUGUUUAUGGCUUGAUAUUGUUUUGCCUAAUCGACAAUAUAUUGUGUAUAUUUACAAUACGUGAUUAUCGUGAUAAAAUCAUUCAGACGUUAGUUAUGUUUGUCGUUAUACCCUAUUUUGUCACGAGUUUUUUUACCGAUAUCGAUUUCAGUGGGCGUAUCGAUCAUGCAGGGCAUGUGGGUGGUGCACUCAUGGGUAUUCUAGCUGCUGGAUACAUGUGUGAAAUACCUACAUUUAUUACAUCAAAAAUGAAUGAAAAACGAAUUGAAUUAAUUUCAUUAAUAUCAAUUAUUAUUUAUCUAGUGUUGACAUUACUCAUCUUUUUUCUAAUAAAAUCUCCUAACCUUGGCUAG